GUCCCGUUUCACCUGUGCCUGCCACUGCCACCGACGUGCCAAAACGCCGUAUCCUGGUCUUGCCAUCGCCGACACCGUGAAUCUACUGGCUGAAUAAGGCCUGAUCAUAUAUAUGCUCCGUCAUCAUGGGUGAUGUCUCUCCUGGCCAGGUGGUCACAUUGACCGACGGACGGCAAGCCACCGUUCGCUUUGUCGGGCCCACGCAUUUCGCCGCUGGAGAUUGGAUCGGGAUCGAACUCGACGAGGGAACCGGGAAGAACGAUGGAGCGGUUCAGGGCGAGCGAUAUUUCGACUGUGAGCCGGGCUUUGGCAUGUUCAUUCGGCCCACGGCCGUCGUGUCGGUCGCUGAGCCGCCGCCAGCUCGCGAUGGCAAGCAGCCUCUCAAGAACAAUGGCAAUCCCACGGCCGCGCCUCGCGGCAGGCCGCAGAGCAGCAUGGUUCCUGGCGGGUUAGGUAUCAAGAAGCCGAGCGGGCUGUCUGCUACAAAUGUCAAAAGGCAUAGUGCCACCGCCAGUCCGUCCCCUGCUCCGAAAGUUGCGACGACGCCGCGCACAUUAAGGUCACCCACCAAAUCUCCAACAAAGCAACUCUCUUCAACUUCAGGUCCUCCCUCUAGUCGCAUGUCGAUGGGUGGUGCUCCACGCCCUUCUCCUGCUAUAACACCCAAGGCUCGCCCAACCCCCAGCACAAGGACCUCUAUGGGUCCUCCUCCUCCACUCCCUACAACGAGUUCCAAGCGACCUUCGUUAUCAGGACCUGCAGGCAGAACCACACGGCCUCCCUCCCAGACAAUGUCUUCGGGACCAUCUGGACUUUCCAAACGCCCUGCGAUUCAGCCCAAUCUUACCAAAAGACCUUCAGAGACCGCCGAUGGUGGGAGAGACGGGCAAGCAGAUGACCCGGAAUCCCCCGGCAGAGACGGCGAGAGCGGACUUGCAGAGGGUAUCACGUCCCAGGUGACUCGGAGGACAUCUGGCACUGCCCGUCCAAACGCUUCUAGACCGAGUCUCUCACCUUUGGCCCAGCGCCAGGCCCAAAGCAAUGCGCUGACCAGAGAACUUGAUGAGCUUAAAACAAAGCUGAAGGUGAUGGAAAAGAAGCGCGCGGAGGACCGAGAGAAACUGAAAAAUCUUGAGAAGCUUCAGACGGAACGGGACAAGUUUGAGAGUAUCAUUCAGAAGCUACAAGCCAAGUAUCAACCUCAGCAGCUUGAAAUCGGUGAUCUACGCAAAAAGCUCAAAGAUGCGGAAACAAGGCUCGAGGAAGUCGAGCGUCUGCAGGCAGAGCAUGAAUCGUUGAUGGAAAUGGCCUCCCUGGACCGCGAGAUGGCGGAAGAAACGGCCGAUGCCUUCAAGCACGAGUGUGAGACCUUGAGGCUAAAGGUCGAAGAACUGCAGCUGGAAGUCGAGGUUCUACGGGAGGAAAAUGAGGAACUCGGCCAGGUCAUGUCACCGGAAGAGAAAUCCACUCAGGGUUGGCUCCAGAUGGAAAAGUCGAACGAACGUCUACGCGAGGCCUUGAUUCGCUUGCGAGAUAUGACCCAACAGCAAGAAUCGGAGCUCCGGGACCAGAUCAAGGAACUGGAGGAAGACCUAGAGGACUACCGCGCGGUCAAAGCUCAGUAUGAGACUACCAAGGAGAAACUUCUCGUGUCGGAGACCAAUGUGGAGGAUUUGAAACAGCAGUUGGAGACUGCCUUGGGCGCCGAGGAGAUGAUCGAGGAGCUGGCGGAUAAAAACAUGCUCCUUGAAAGAAAUCAGUGAUGAGCUUGAAUAUACACACAUCGAAACAGAGAAGCAGCUCCAGGAAGAGAUUGAUUACAAAGACACCCUCUUCAGCGAGCAGAAUAGGAAGA